GCCGCAGCCAUGUGCUCGACGCGCCCUCGGUGAUGUUCUGAUGUUGAUGGAACCCGAGGCGCGCUGCGCUUGUUUUUCUGCUUGCCUUUCCCCCUCGUCUCUGACUCUCAGUGUAGGUACUGAGUAACGUCCGCAUCGCAGGCGGACCUCCUUCGACAUUGUCCACUGCGUUGUCUAGCAUCCUCCCUCGCCGGACUCCCCAACCACUCCUGUCUGCUCAACGGCAGCGUGCGCUCCUCACGCCAGGGAUGUCUAUAGCCUCGGGCUCCUCUACCCCCGUGACGCGGUUGGGGACACCUCUUAGCAGGACGAGCACUCCCCUCGCACGCGUCGCCGAGUUGACUCGUGUCGAGGACUUGUGGUUCCCGGACGGCCAGCUCAUCGUCCAUGCUGGCGAUCGCAUCUUCCGCGUGCAUGCGGAAGUACUCGAGCAGCAGUCGCUUGCGCUGCGGGGAAUUCUUGCGGUGCGGCAAGCCAACAUCCACUCUGAACAUUACGAGGGACUGCCUGCCCUACCUCUGAGUGACCCGCCCGACCAAGCUGAGCAUUAUCUGCGUGCUAUAUUCCAUCCAGAAACUUUCCCCCCUCCCCCCCAAGCCGUCACCUUCGACGCGCUUGAUGCCGUCCUGCGCCUGAGCCACAAAUACGAUUCUACGACCCUCCGCGCGCGCGGUAUGCAGCACCUCGCCACCCUCUUCGCCACCGACGUCGCCUCCCUCACCCCCGACACCACCUGCUCCCUUGCCGACGCCGACGACACCGCCGCCUUCCUCGCGCGCGCCCUCGCCCUCAUCCGCGACACCCACGCCGACUGGGCCCUCCCCCACGCGCUCUACGACCUCCACACCGUCGCCUGGGCGGACGCGAGCGACCUCGAGCACAUCCCCGACGGCGUGCUCGCACCCGCAGACUAUGCGCACGCAUUUCGCGCGGCCAGGGCGGUCGUGGACUGGUGGCCCGCGGAGGACGUGCUGCUGUACGAGGAUCGGUGCGCGAGGAGGCAGACGUGCGCGGAGAUGCAGCGCGGGUUCCUGAGUGGGUAUAUGGAUGAGUGGCGGACGGAUCCGCUGCGGUUCUUCUGGCCGGAGGGGGCGGGGGAGGAGUAUGUGCGCCAGCUGUGCGAGCCAUGUGCGGCGGUCGUGCGGUCAAGGCAUGCGGGGCACUCGGUCGCGUUCUGGCAGGCGUUCCCGGCAGCGUUGAAUUUACCAGGGUGGGAUGUACUGUGGGGCAUGAAAAGGCGCGAUACAGGUGGGAUAUGAUAUUGUGUAUUUUGAUGAGAUCAGGCGUGUCGGUCGGCGUUAGGUGCAGUAGGAAUGACUACCUGUUGUUCGAUUAAGACUUGAAUGCAUAAAAAAUCACAAAGAGGCC